AUGGCUGCAGUGGAAUUGCAAGAAACCUCGAGACUAAUCAAAUACUAUCUUGAACUCUUUGCCUCCGAAAAAGCACAGCGCGCAGCUCUCUAUCAACCUACACCUUGGGAGUUACUUACCCCUCAAGAACAACGCGACCGCGCCCUUGCUCGUGUUCAACUCAACGAAGAAAAAAGAAUAGACAACCUGUUUGCCUUUAACGCGCUCAAACGCCAGCAUAAAAACCGUCGCCGCGAAUUAUUAGCAGAACUCAAAGCCAAAAGACUUGCGAAAAUGUCUGUUACCUCUAGUUCCAGCGCUGCUACUACCCCCGCUGCUCAAACCGCGGUUCAUAGCCCUAUCUCAGGUCCAACAACCCCGACCUGCACGGUCCCUUGCCCCCAGCCACUCGACCAAGGCGCAGCAAGUCAACUGGAGGAACGAGUCAACCGUCUCCGGUUGAUCACGAUCCAAAAGAAGAUGCAACCAGUCUUGGUCGAGAAACCGACCGGGGAGACAUUGGUCGAGAGCGACUCGGCUACAGCGACAACCGCUCAAGCAGCGGUUCCCAAAGCCCCCACCUUGGCUAUAGUCCCAGAAAAAGCCCCGAUAAUAGCAUCAGCGGAGCUAGCCUCGGACGCGAUGGACUUGGAUCCCCAAGCAUCGACCUCCUUGGCAAAUACCCAGCAACGCCGCAACUCGCCGGACGUGCGAGUCCUCUCGAAAGAGGAGAAAAUUCAGCUGCUAACGAAAGAACACAUUCUUCUUUGGAAGAAGUGCGAAGCAGCCCGACCGUCAGGCGCGACAGAGGAGCUCAAAGCACUCCUCUGUCAAGCCCAGGAGAGCCAGAAAGUUCUCCAGAAGUUAAUCCCCCGCAAGGAGCUAGAAGAAUUCGUCAAGGGCUGGAACCCUUGGACAAUCAAGAAAGAGCUCUAUCCCACCGCGCCGAAGAAAAACAAAGGCAAGAAGCGCUCCUCCUCCUCCAAAGGAGCGAAGGAACUCUACAACGACCCAAACCGUUGGAAACAGGUCAUGAGAGGUUGCAACACCCUCGAGGCGGCAUACCGCCACAUGGCGGAUUAG